GUUUUUUGCAUCCUCCUCUCCUGGUUGACGCCGUAAAUCAUCGUUCUCAUCUUCUCCGAUGAGAUCUCUGUAACGUUUUUUCCAUUCUUAAAUUCUUGAUUCAAUUCAAUCAUUAAAUCCCACCCCUUUCUCCUCACAUUCCGUCCCAUUAAUUUAGAUUCAAGUCUGUAGCAGAUACAAGUUGGACCUAUAAAUAAGUUAUGGGGAAGCUGAAGACCUGCACCGUCUAGAAAUCUUAUCUUCAAAUAUGUCGGCUUCGUAUGUCCUUCUCGCCAACUUGAAAGCAUGCCGUUGCUCACACAGCGGAGGUGCGUCUUCUCAAGUUAUGGGGAGCUCAAAAUGUUAGGAAAGGUGGGGAACUUAUGAGUUUUGAUAUGCUUCUUCUUGAUGAGCAGGCUGGUUACUGUAGGCAAACUUUGGUAAUAAGGCUGUCUCUAUCUUUCUCUCUCUCUCUACUUCCAAAAUCGAGACUUGGCUCCACCUCACAAAUGGCUUUGUCACAGUCCCUCCUUUGCCUGUCGAUGCUUCCUCAGUCGUCAAGCAUCACUGGGUCAUCAUGGUCACUGAUACGCCUGCGUGAAAAAGUGGAGUUCUUUGAUAUAUCAUUAUUAUGUAAAAGUUGGUUGCUUUGGAUCAUGAUUGGAAGAGUAGUUGCAACUGUUAUUGAAAGUUGUAGACUUUUAUUGUGAACUCAUUAGUUCUGUAUUUUGUUGAGUUUUCAAUUAUGGUAAUGAUAAAAAAUA